UGAAAACGCGGCGGCGAGGCGCAGCCAUCCGCACAGCGUCCCGCAGCGCGCUGCCUCUGCCGCUCAGCGCCGGGUGCCGAGGGCGGCAGAGCCUCGCCGCAUGCCACGGCGCCCCGUGUGGACUGCCCCCCUCUGCCCGUCGCCCAUCAGGCGCGGGAGCAGCCCCGGUGGGGCCACGGUGCCCAGACUGCCGGCGAGCGGGGAAGCAAGCGUGGAAGAAACCAGGCGAGCCGUAGGCUGGCCGCCGCCACUUAGCUCGGCGGAGGAAUCGCUCGGUGGUGAUGAGGCCGUGCCUGUGCCGCGGACGGAUCCGCGCGGGUCGCCUUGUGCCCGCCUCCUGCGCGGUGCCGCUGCCUCCCGAUAUAGUGCGGCGCGGCGCAGCGCGGGUAGCAGUUGGCGGGCGGCGCUGUGCGGUGUGGGCUGCGAGCAUCUCCAACUUGGGACUGUCCGCCGGCGCCAGCUGCUGAACAUGAGCCUCCUGCUUCUGUACCUGCUCGGAUUGCUCCUCAGUAGUGGGCAAGCUCUACUUCAGGUUUCCAUUUCUCUUAGCAAAGUCGAACUCAGUGUGGGUGAAUCCAAAUUCUUCACAUGUACAGCCAUUGGUGAGCCUGACAACAUAGAUUGGUACAAUCCGCAAGGAGAGAAAAUAGUUUCUAGUCAAAGAGUGGUUGUUCAGAAAGAAGGUGUUCGGUCACGUCUAAUCAUUUAUAAUGCAGAUAUAGAAGAUGCUGGUAUAUAUCGAUGUCAAGCAACAGAUGCUAAAGGACAAACUCAAGAAGCUACUGUUGUUUUGGAAAUUUAUCAAAAGCUCACUUUUCGGGACAUAGUAUCUCCACAAGAGUUCAGGCAGGGAGAAGUUGCAGAAGUUGUUUGCCGUGUUACUAGUUCACCUGCCCCCAUUGUCAGCUGGCUGUAUCGGAAUGAAGAAGUAACAACUCUUGCUGACAAUCGAUUUGCAAUAUUAGCAAACAAUAAUCUUCAAAUUCUUAACAUCAAUAAAAGUGAUGAAGGAGUAUACCGCUGUGAAGGAAGAGUGGAAGCCAGAGGAGAGAUUGACUUCCGGGAUAUAAUUGUUAUUGUGAAUGUUCCCCCUGCAAUUACCACAUUACAGAAAUCAUUUAAUGCCACUGCAGAUCGGGGAGAAGCCAUAACUUUGUUCUGCAGAGCCACUGGAUCGCCUCCACCAGAAAUAAGUUGGUUUAGGAAUGGUAAACUUAUUGAAGAAAAUGAAAAAUACGUAUUGAGAGGGAGUAAUGCAGAGUUAACAAUAAGAGAUAUAAAAAAUAUUGAUGCGGGUCCUUAUAUCUGCAGUGCUAAAAACAAAGCAGGAAAUGAUAAAAGACAGACAUUCCUUCAAGUUUUUGUACAGCCUCAAAUAAUACAACUUAAAAAUGAAACCACAUUUGAGAAUGGGAAAGCCACCCUCAUCUGUGAAGCAGAAGGAGAACCUAUCCCAGAGAUUACUUGGAAAAGGGCCACUGAUGGAAUAACUUUCUCUGAAGGUGACAAGAGCCCAGAUGGCCGUAUAGAAGUCAAAGGGCAGCAUGGAAAAUCGUCACUGCAUAUUAAAGAUGUGAAGUUGUCAGAUUCAGGGAGAUAUGACUGUGAAGCUGCAAGUAGAAUUGGUGGGCACCAAAAGAGCAUGUACCUUGAUAUUGAAUAUGCUCCAACAUUUCUGUCAAAUCAAACAAUGUAUUUCUCUUGGGAAGGCAAUCCCAUCAAUAUAACAUGUGAAGUGCUAGCAAAUCCAUCUGCCUCAGUUCAGUGGAGAAGAGGAAAAUUAGUUCUACCAGUAAAAAAUACAACACAUCUGAAGACCUACAGUGCAGGAAGAAAGCUGAUUCUAGAGAUUGCUCCUACAUCUGACAGUGAUUUUGGACAGUAUAACUGUACGGCUACAAACAGAAUAGGAACAAGAUAUCAGGAGUACACACUUGGUCAAGCUGAUGUGCCAUCAAACCCUUAUGGAGUACGAGUUUUAGAGUUGUCACAAACCACUGCCAAGGUUUCAUUCAUUAAGCCAGAUUCACAUGGAGGUGUGCCCAUUCAUCACUACCAAGUGGAUGUAAAAGAGGUAGCCUCAGAAACCUGGAAGAUCAUUCGCUCCCAUGGAGUUCAAACAAUGGUUGUUCUCAGCAAUUUGGAACCAAAUACGACAUACGAAAUCAAAGUAGCUGCUGUCAAUGGAAAAGGGCAAGGAGAAUAUAGCAAAAUCGAGAUAUUUCAGACUUUACCUGUCCGCGAGCCAAGCCCACCGUCAAUUCAUGGACAACCAGGAAGUGGAAAGAGUUUCAAACUUAGUAUAACUAAACAAGAUGAUGGAGGUGCCCCCAUUUUGGAAUACAUUGUCAAAUACAGAAGUAAAGAUAAGGAAGACCAGUGGCUAGAGAAAAAAGUGCAAGGUAGUAGAGACCACAUCAUCUUAGAGCAUCUUCAGUGGACCAUGGGUUAUGAAGUACAAAUUACAGCUGCAAACAGACUGGGUUUUUCUGAACCAACAUUGUACGAAUUUAGCAUGCCACCGAAGCCCAACAUUAUUACAGACACACUUUUUAAUGGUCUUGGACUUCGUGCUAUUAUUGGCCUGGGAGUGGCGGCCCUUUUGUUAAUCCUUGUUGUGAUUGAUGUCAGCUGCUUCUUUGUACGACAAUGCGGAUUGCUAAUGUGCAUCACCAGGAGGAUUUGUGGGAAGAAGAGUGGCUCAAGUGGAAAAAGUAAAGAACUGGAAGAAGGAAAAGCUGCUUACUUGAAAGAUGGAUCAAAAGAGCCAAUAGUGGAAAUGAGAACAGAGGAUGAAAGAAUUACCAGCCAUGAAGAUGGGAGCCCAGUAAAUGAGCCGAACGAGACUACUCCUCUCACAGAACCGGAGAAGCUGCCACUGAAGGAGGAAAAUGGGAAAGAAGCUUUAAAUCCAGAAACCAUAGAAAUCAAAGUUGCUAGUGACAUCAUCCAGUCAAAAGAAGAUGAUAGCAAAGCAUAAGAUAAACUACAGCUUUCUGGAUAAUACAUUUGGAUAAAAGCAACCCCGUGACCAAAACUUUGCAGCUGACCUUAAUUUCCUGGGAAACUUAAGCUUGGAAUAGUUAGUACAUGUGUACAUACGAUAAAACAGUUCCUGUCUACAGUUCUUUUCUAUUUUUUUGUUAAUGGUUUUAGUAUGUUGUUUUGCUGACACCAAGUCCCAUGGUAUAAAUUGGAAAAAUAUUCAGAAUAAGAACUAUAACUUAUUAUAUGAAAAAGUAUGCCUAUUUAGAAGAAUACUUGGCAAAGCACCCCUAACCACGAACAACACAUCAUGUCUCUCCAGAUCUUACAGGGCAAUCUACAUACAUAAAGUGUCAUAUGUUAUUGUAUUUGUUUCCAUUUAUAAUCAAGGAAAAGUUGAGGUUGCCUCUUAAAAAAUGAAAACCAAUCUCAGCAUAACAUUUAAGAUCUUAUCACUGGCAGACACUUCAAUAGUCAUUCCAACUGUGCAUAUCACUUGAAAUAGAAAAAAGCAACAAAAUGUCUUCAACAACACAGAGCCAGUUCCACCCAUAGUUUUACCUGGGUUCUCUUGUAUCAUAAAAAAAUGAUAACUAUGAUGUACAGAUUUAAAUCAAAAUGGCUGAAUAUUUUAUCAAAUAUUGGCCUCAUCCUAACUUCAGAGUGUGACUCAAAGGCCCAAGGUUUUCAGAAUGCCAGGUUUUCUUCAUUAACAUUUGGAAGGUUGUGUGUAAACUGGAAUGUAGGAAAUGUGUGGAAAGGGAACUCUUUUUUUCAAUAACUUUUGGCUUCAAAGGAAACCUUUAACACAAACUCACGUUAGUUGCCCCAGUGUAUUUAUGCGUAUGUAGUAUUCACUCUUCUAACCAUUCGGUCAAGGGAUAAACUGCAUUUUAGUGUAGUAGAUAUAUUUUCAUCAUGAAUCAGUAUGUGAAAUAUUUGAAGUUGGCCUUAUUAAAGAAGUUCUUGCUAUGUUAUGAAUUUUUAUCUUACAACAAGAAAUAUAAGAACAGAUGGAAAGACUUUGGCUAAGUGGUUAGGAACAUUUUUAAAUUUUUAAUUAAUCAGACUGUGUAUUAGGUGAAAUACUUGUUUCCUGUCAAGCAUUUUUUAAGAUAAUCUAUUUUAUUAUUAUGGAUAAUAUGCACUACUUAGAAAUUUGGCUAAUUUAUUUGAUGAAAAAGAAUAUAUUAAUUAAUAUUGAUGUAAUUGUGACACUAAUUGGAGUAAUACAUCCUGCUUCCAUUCCAGCAUAGUGUAUGCACAUCUACCAACCUAUUCAAAAUAUUUCUUUGGAAGAAGUAAAUAAAAUAGUGGACUAGAUUAGAAAAUUCUACUUGUUAGGAUCAAACUGUAGAGUACCUUGUGAAUUUUCCACAUCAAAGUCAUACUCAAAGUUUAAGUGGAGCUUUACUCAGCAAAUUAUGUCCAGUACGGUAUGUACUUAUUUAUAUAAUUUAUAUAGGAGGACAUAAUUUAUGUACAGUAUGGAGACAUACUGUAUCUAAAUUUUGCUAUUAGUUGCAAAUUUCUACCUAAUUUCACACAGAACAUCAUCAACUCUUAGCUGAUAUUUUGUAGUUGUGUCAAAGUGGUUGACUUUUGUGCAGUAAAGCUAAAAGUGAAAUGUAAAAGAAUGUUGUUACAUUUGAGGAUAAUGGCACAUUAACCUUCUUGUUAACCCAGACAUUACUGGAUUUGAAAAAGUUGAGGAGAUAAUGAAUUUUCAGAUAUUCCUUAUUUUUCAAAGGCACUAAUAUUAUGUCAAAAGAAAAAAAAAAAAAAAAAAAAAACUACUUUUAGUCACUUUGGGAAAAACCUACAGUGAACCAAGUAGUUGAGGGCAGAGGCAUAAUGCUGAUGUGGCUAGAUGAGAAGCCAAGUUCCCACAAAAGCAGAACCAAAAUGAAAAGUACGGGUAAGAGCAAUGACGGACGAAAGUCAUGAAAGAGAAUAAUUUAAAACUGCUGCAUAAUAGUCUCUUUAAAUGCUAAGGAAUUACUUCUGGAUAAAAGAAAGAUGAAGAUAUUCCUCUAUAGCCUGUCACUGUUGUUCCCACAUACUGUGCAGGCAGUAUUAUCAAGUAUCUGCUUGCCUGUUAUAUUUCUGCCCUGUUUCUUUCAGAGUAGUGUACACAGUGAGCAGAACUGUCCCCUACUUUAUAAUUAAGGCUGUCUUGUUUAUGUAUGUGAAUAUAUAUUCUUUCUACAAAGUACAUAUAUGCAACUGGGCUUUCUCCCUCUAUUGAAAUGCGAGGAAGGGACCUGGAAAAUUCGAGUAGUUGGAUGUGAUUGGUGUGGCCUGAACAUCCAUACCCCGCGUCAUCUCAUGCAGUAUUAUUACCAAGAUGAAGGUACAAGACCACAUUCCUUUUCUGCCUGCCAUCACAACGUUAGGUGGUGCUGUGCAUUCUCAAAUAAGUCAAGGUUCACUUAGCAAAUGGUGCUUUUUCUGAAGCCAGCACGAUCAUUUGCACAACGAGGUUCCUAUACAAUGGAUGCAGGGCUAAUGCUGUCUAGGCUCAACCGUAGUUGCAUUUCAACUUCUAGUACUUCUUGCUAAAACUUACGCAAAAAACUUAACGUGGCCUAACAACUAUAGGUCGGAUGUUGUUUUUUUGUUGUUAAUGUUUUUUUUUCCUUGUUCUUUUUUUGUUUGUUUGAUUGAUUGUUUUUAAUACAGCCUCUAAUCCCAGUGUGAAAAGAUUGGAGGAUUUAAAAGGUUUCUUCAGCACAUUUGGUAUUAAUACUCCUGUCCUACUAUCAACUAGUAAAAAAUGCAGAAAAUUAUUUCAAUAAUGGAAGCAAAAGCAUUUCCUACUAUAUUGGAAUACAAAUCAAAAACUAUUUCCAGAAGUGUUUCUUUUCUGCCUGAUUUUAAGUCUCUUACCAGUUGGGCUGAGAAUUGAACAGUUCAUAAUUACUGACUGGUAGACUGCUCCAAGCAUGCCCCUUGGUCUGUGGAUUAAUAGGUUAUCUCUUAUGUUUUGCCUUUGUGCUUUGCAGGAGAAAGCCAAACUGUGACAAAAUUCUCAAAACCACUUGUACUUGCAAAUGUUUCCAAAUGAGGGACAGCUCACUGUAAUUUGUAAGAUAUACGUCGAACUGGAGUAACCUCAUGUCUUUAUUUUCUUUUCUGAUUCUAGACUUAAAAGAAAAAGAACCAGGUAUCUGUAUAAAUGUCACUUUUACUGUCUAAAAGUAAUUUUAAGUGUUGGUAUGAUAUGUCAGAAGAGUUGACAGAAUAUAACUAUUUGUAAAAAUAAUCUGAAUUGUUACGCUAACGUACUCCAGGGAGGAGUGUGAGAGGGCGCCAUUGAAAUUACAGACAAAAUGGAACGUGGCAGUGACAAUCUCUCUUCAACAAAAAAUAGGGAGUAAAAUUAAGUAAAAUGACUUAGUUUCUUUUUUUUUAUUGUUGUUUUUAAUAAAUGUACAUUCUGAUUUACCACAAUAGUAACAAACAACAAAAAAAAAUUAACAUUUUACAAUUUAGUACACAAAUGUACUAUGGAGAGGUUUUCUGGUUUUGUUUGUUUGAUUGCUGUUUGUUUUCUUUUUUUUUUUUUUAACUUCUAAAGUUUGUGGGGGGAUUUUUUGUUUUUUGUUUUUGGUGGUUGCAGAAAUAUUUACUAUUCUGGUGAUGUUAAUGCCUAAUGUGACAAAGUUUAAUUUAUUUAGGCCUCAGGCCUUGCAAGAAAAUUUUGUGUGGCUAAACCCAUUGCUCAUAUGGCAUCCAACUGUGGCAUUGCUCAUAUGGCAUCCAACAGUGGAGUCAGUGUGAGCAGGAGGAUGGAUGUACUCUCAUAGAAAAGCGUGCAGGACUGAGCUGACUUUGAUAUAUACAACGUAGUUACACAGUGACAGUCACAUACAAAGGCUGUUUGACAACAGUCCAUGGUAUAGUAAAUUCCACCUCCUGUCUUCAGCCUCUGCAUUGAUGUUCACCCAAAAAGUGGCUUUCUUUUUAUGAUGGUAUUUAUUUAUUUAAGUGCCAAUCAUCAAACUGUAGUAUAAUAAUCAUGCCAUUUUUCUGUUUCCUAGACCAGAUAAUGGAAAUGUAUUUGUGCCUUUUGAUAGCAUGCCACUUUGCUUUAUUAAAGAAAAAUCUUCAAUAAUUUGUCUACAAAGCCUGUUUAAAGUAUUUGAAAGCUUUACCAUGACAUACAUUUCUGCUCAGAUAUGCUCAAAUACUCAUUGAAAGUAAACUGGAGACAGUAUUCUCAAUUCAGUUUAAUAUUUUAAACACAAAAUUGGCAAAAAAAAAAAAAAAAACACUCUUGCAAUCACAAUUCUAGUGAGGGUCAUUGUGGGUGUGUUACUGCUGAAAAGAUUCACGUAGCUGGAGCACAUGGGGAGUAUGAAAGGGUGUUUUGACCAAUUUUUCAAGUUGAAGAGUCAGAUAAAAAGUCUCUUUGGUUUUAUUUAGGCACUUAGAUAUAAAACAUUAUCAUCUUUCCUCAAAUCUAAAAGAUGACAAGAAACAUAUUGAUGUUCCUCGAGGAACAUAUUCCCACCAUUUUACCUCUGGAGUAAAACUGCAGUGAAUAUUUCUUUUGCAGUCAUUUGUGGCCUCACUAUCCUUGUGUAACCUGUGGUUGUGUCUGCUGGGUGGCAUUCACUCAUGAUUAAAGGAGAGGUCUACAGAGAGGUGCAGAAAACACUGCAAGUAGGGCCUUGGGGGAAUCCAGGUCUCGCUGGGGUUUAGGACACAAACUCACUUCAGUGGGGCCUGCAUUUCAUCCAUUUGUCUCGGUGAGGCUCCACAUGUCUUUGUCCAGUUGAGUCAUGUAGGUGUAAGCAGAACUUAAAUAUGCUAUCCUAGCAUAUUUAAUGCUAGCUCCUGCUAACAUUCUGCACAGAGAAGGCUUGCCUAUAAGGAGUUUGUAGCGAUCAGUAAAACAUGGAUAAAGAUAUCUGAUCAUGACUUAUAUGUCCAGAAUUAAGAAGAAAUAAAACAUCUUUCUAAAUAGUAUGUUAGGAUUGCAAUGACUAAAACAUUCUACAAAGUAUUGUUUCUUCUUCAAUCACAUUGUUUAACUUCAGAUGCUUGUGCUGAUCAAUGCAAAGCUACCAUGGUUAAAUGUAUCAUUUAAAAAAAAACGUUCCAUCCCCUUUUUCAGAUUGUUCCAUAUCAUUCCCUGGAAACCACUCACUAAAUUUUAAGUGACCUUCAAUAUUUCCAAUGUGAACCUGAGCUAGAAAGAAACCUUUCUUUUAGAAAUUUGGCUUUGGACCCAGUUCCGAGAAAACACAGUUUACUUGUCUAUUUCUCCUCUUAACAGGCAUUGUGAACCUCAUGACGUUUGACUUUCAAACUUGAAUAUUGGCCAUUUUUAGCCCAGAGAAAUGAAAUAAGUAUUUAUUGCCAUAUUUGUAUUGGCAGCUUUAAGUCACAGGUGGGAUUGGGAGCAGGCAAGAUGACCAGCUUCAGUGCUGACAGAAUUAAGGAAAGGAGAACAAGUGCAAACGAAUGGACUGAGAAAGGGCUCAGAAACCAGGAGGCCGUAUAGAUAUUGGUGGGCAAGUGGGGAGCUACUAAAAUAAAAGAGGCUGCUGCAGACUGUAAAAACUAGAGUAGGGGUAAUGUUAGCCCUGCUGCAUCCUUUAAGUCUGCUGUGUGAGAAGACUGUGUUUUUAAAUGUAAAGUACAGAGCUGGGGGAAGGGAAAGUCCCUCCAGAUUGGUGGCAGAUAGUAUAAAGUAAUCAGAUCCCCCCAGGAAGAUAAUUUUGUUGCUCUUGGUGUAGAGUUCUCACUACGAGUUUUGAGCUACAUAAAAGAUUUAAACAAAUAACAACAACAAAAAAGCUUUCCUGCUACAACAAGCACUCGGUAUGUAUUUGUAUGCUGUGUACAGUAUGAGCUAAAGCAUACCAUAUAUUGUUUUUGUUAUUCCACACGUUGUCAACAGCCCACUUGCGAUAUAUACCACCUGAAUUAUAUAUUGAUAAGUUAGCUACCACUGGAGCUAGUUUGUUUCUUGUUUCAAAAUCUUAUGUCCCUAUGAAAUGCUGUGUAUAUAUAUAUAUCUCUAUACUGUAAAAAGAAGUAAUAUCGCAGAUGCUGGUUUUGUAUUUAUGAGAGACAUUGAAAGUAUGGCUUAAAGUAUAUCAAUUAUUUGUCACUCUUCACCAUUUGUAUAUUAAUAGUAAAGAUACUUUUACUUUAA